AUGGCUAUUCAAUCGCAAUCGACAGUGUCGCUACCGACACUGGUAACGCAAUCAACGCAAAGCUUACUGAACAGACGUGUCACGAAUGAAGACUCUCUAUACCAUAUAUGUUUGACGGUGAAGAAGCGGCUCGAGCAGUUGCCGCAAAUUAAACCAUAUUUGAACCUUGCACAUACCAGCAGCGAACUUCUGAGCGAAAAACAAGCACUUUUGUUGUCGCAGCAGCAGCAAUUGAACAAUCAGAGGCAUUCCAACAUCGGACCUGGUGUAGGAAAUCUUUCUAAUACGAAUACAAAUGGUACAAAAUCUGUGGGCGAUAGACGUAUCAGUGCAAUUUCCAACGGUAGUUUCUCCGAUGAUUUGGAUCUGUCGAACCUGACUAUCGAAGAAACGGUCGUAACUUUCAGUAUGGGUAUCUUGCCUAUUACCAUGGACUGCGAUCCAGUAACGCAGUUGGCACAUCUUUUCCAGCAGGGUUCACCAUUGUGCAUAAUAUUCAAUGCAGUCAAACCUCAGUUCAAGCUGCCCGUGGUUUCAUCAGACGACCAAAAAAUAUGCAAGAAAUCGAUAUACGAUUUUAUUCUAGCUUGCAAGAGAUAUUUCACUUUCAGCGACGAAGAGCUUUUCACCAUUUCAGACGUAUAUUCCAAUACCACGGACCAUUUCAUCAAGGUGUUGGAUGUGGUGGAAACGUUAAUAAACUCUGCUCCGCAAGUGUUCCCGCACAUACCAUUCGAAGAGCUACGAUGGAUGAAUACAGAUCAAGGAAAGAUUGUGCGUGAAUUUGUUGAAACUGAGCGAAAGUAUGUUUACGACAUGGAGAUUUUGAAUCAGUACCGAAAUCAACUUUUGCAUAGAGGUAUAAUCAGUUCUGAAGAGCUGAAAAUGCUUUUCCCAAACAUUAAUGAUAUUAUAGACUUUCAAAGAAGGUUCCUCAUAUCUCUCGAGAUAAACGGACAGGUAGAGGCAAAUAAGCAACGGAUUGGAGCUCUUUUUAUGCACUCAAAGCAUUUCUUCAAGCUUUACGAACCUUGGUCAAUUGGUCAAAAUGCUGCCAUAGAUUUCAUUUCGUCGAGCUUCGACAAGAUGCAAGGAUCGGAUUUUGUUAUUGCCAAUAAGCUAGAACUUCAAUCCUUUCUUCUGAAGCCAGUACAAAGACUGUGCAAAUAUCCUCUGUUACUCAAAGAGCUUUUACAGCAAUCGACAUCGAGCGCAAACUCCAAAGAACUAGAGUUGGCGUGGGACAUAUCGAAAAGUAUUGCACGUAGCAUCAAUGAGAAUCAGAGAAGGACCGAAAAUCACGAAAUUGUCAAGAAACUUUAUGAUCGCGUCGUAAAUUGGAAAGGAUACCGCAUUGCCAAAUUUGGCGAGCUAUUAUAUUUCGAUAAGGUGUCCAUAUCAACAGGAAACGCGAAUGAAUCCGAUCACGACUUUGAAGUAUAUCUUUUCGAAAAGAUCAUCAUUUUAUUCAGCGAAAUGGUCCAAAAAAAGGUCAACAGCAUAUCGCUCAAAAAGAAAGCCAGUACCACAUCAUCGUCGACACUACAUCUUUCAGGUAGUGGCAAUAGUAAUGCUAACUCUCCUGGUGGACCAAACGACUCCAAGCUAGAUCUUAGAGGCCGUAUCAUGAUUGUAAACCUCAACAAAGUGAAUCCAAUGGAAUCCCGCGCUCUCAAUAUCAUAUGGGAAUCUCCAAAAGAACAUGGGAAUUUUAUUUUAAAGUUCAGAAACGAAGAGACCAGGGACAAUUGGCAUAACUGUCUCCAAACUCUUUUGCGACAAGUUCGAAGUGAGUCUCUUAAAAGUAGCAGCAGCAACAGUGAUCGUUCAUCUUAUUCGUCUACGACGUACUACCCGCAUAAUAGUAUGAGUUCGUUGACCAGCAACCCGAAUAGAAGAAUUUCUGACGUGCUGCCGCGACAUCAAACGCAUCAAUCAUUUGAAAACGAAUAUCGUUCUAUCUCGGAGAGUUAUAGGUCAUCGAUACCCGAGACUACGCUUCUCGUGAGAAUAGCCUUUCAAAAUGACUUUUACACUGUUCUGGUUGAAAUAAACUCUGGCAUUGACAAUUUAUUGAGCAUUAUCAAAAGAAAACUGACCCACGCUGGGAACAUUUCGAAGAUAAAGUAUCAGGAUGAGGACGGUGACUUUGUGAUGCUAGAGAGCGAAGAUGAUUGGAAUGUAGUCAAAGACAUGCUAAGGGAAAGCAGUGAGCGCAUUCUGAAUGUCUGGGCAUUCGCUUAG